ACGUCGGCUACCGGAAGCUACGUCAUCUGAUGGAGUUAAAGCUUUUUAUUUUAUUUUGCUGGAUGAAGAUUAAUCUCGUUCGAAGAAAAUGGAUUUUUGUCGUUAAUCUGUGACUCAGGGGUAGGAUCCACCCGUGAUUAAAACGACUGGUAUGACGUGACGGCCAGGGUUAAUUUGUAUCAAAAUCACCAGGGGAAAGCAACACCUGCGUCCACGUAGUACGUUCCCAAUCAUGAGGAGGUGACAGCCAGAUAACUCUGCUGCUAGGUCUUGCUGCUUGGACAUAUGGCAAGGAUCACUUUCUCAUGCCUGCCAGCCUCCUGGUACUGCAGUGUGUCCUUGCUGUCUCUGGGUUGUGUGCCCAGGCAAAGGGCCUUCUUCCUGGUGUUCCUCACCUGCUCUGCCCUGGUUUUCCUGGGGGUCUACCAGACUGAGCUCUGGGGGCCCCAGCGCCACAGGGGACACGUCAACAAAUACCUCUCAUCUGUGGAGACCAUGGAGGCGACUGAUGUCACCAACGCAGCUCUAAACUAUGGGAUCGUGGUGGACUGCGGCAGCAGCGGCUCCAGGGUGUAUGUGUACUACUGGCCCCCCCACCAUGGAAACCUCCACACCCUGCUGGACAUCAGGCAGAUGAGGGACCACGACCGCCACCCUGUGGUCAAGAAGAUCAAACCUGGUAUUUCCACCAUGGCACUGAGCCCAGCCAAGGCCAGUGACUACCUCCACCCCCUCCUUUCCUUCGCUGCCACCCAUGUCCCCAGGAAGAAACACAAGGAGACUCCUCUCUAUAUCCUCUGUACUGCUGGCAUGAGACUGCUGCCUGAGAGUCAGCAGGCUGCUAUCCUGGAGGACCUGAUAAGAGAUGUUCCAGUGGAGUUUGACUUCCUGUUCUCCAGCUCCCAUGCAGAGGUGAUCUCUGGGAAACAGGAAGGUGUGUAUGCAUGGAUUGGUAUUAACUUUGUGUUGGGGCGCUUUGACCAUGCCGAGUACGAAGAUGAUGCAAUGGUGGAGGUCACUACAGGGUCACAGAACCAUCACCCAAUUAGCCGGCGGCGUACAGUGGGCAUCAUGGACAUGGGCGGAGCCUCGCUGCAGAUAGCCUAUGAGGUGCCUAGCGCGGUCCACUUCAGUUCACCUGAACAGGAGGAGUCGGGUAAGAGCCUGCUGGCAGAGUUUAACCUGGGCUGUGAUUCAGAGCACACGCAGCACGUCUACCGUGUAUAUGUCACCACAUUCCUGGGCUUCGGGGGGAACAUGGCUCGACAGCGCUACGAAGACCAGCUGGUCAACUCCACCAUCACCAAGAACAGGCUGACAGGCGAUCAGACAGGCAUGAUGGAAGCCACGCCCCUUGCGGACCCAUGCCUCCCUGUCGGCCUAUCAGACGUGGUGCGUCGGGACGGCCGUGCGGUCCACCUGAGAGGGCAGGGGGACUGGGCGCGGUGCCAGGGGGCAGUCAGGCCUUUCCUGGGUCUCCACAAUGGCACCAUGGGAUCCCCCAGGGGGGUGUACCAGGCCCCCAUCGACUACAGCAACUCAGAGUUCUACGGCUUCUCUGAGUUCUUCUACUGCACUGAGGAUGUACUGAGGAUGGGGGGACCGUACGACAGCGCUAAGUACUCCAAGGCUGCCACGGACUAUUGUGCCACCAAGUGGUCAACCCUCACCAAGCGUCUGGACAGCAAGCUGUUCUCUAAACAAGCAGACUCCUCCAGACUGAAGUACCAGUGUUUUAAGUCAGCCUGGAUGUUCCAGGUGCUCCACUCAGGCUUCAGGUUCCCUAAGGACUACCCCAGCCUGAAGACUGCUCAGCUGGUCUAUGACAAGGAGGUGCAGUGGACCCUGGGAGCCAUCCUGUUUAAGACGCGCUUCCUGCCUCUCAGGGACCUCCAGGCAGAGUCAUUUAAACAGGGCCACUCCAACUGGCUGCGUUCCUCCUUCGUCUACAACCACUACCUAUUUUUUGCCUGUAUCCUGGUGGUCCUGCUGGCCAUUCUACUGUACAUCCUCCGCCUCCGCAGGAUCCACCAGCGAGAACAGAGGCAGGCAGAGGCCCUGGACCUGCUCUGGGUGGAGGAGGGGGAGGCUCUUCUGGCCUGAUCCAGGAUCAGUUUAGACUCUGAAUCUUUCUUGACCUGAGGCCUUGGGUGUGGGGGGGUUACUGAUCUAGGAUGAGUCGAGAUGCUCUCAGUAACUGGUGUUCAUAGCCUGGUAUGCACAGCUCUAUGAUCAACCUUUCACCCUCUGAGUUGUAGGCUUGACUGGUGCUCUAUUUGUUAAGAGGCACUGAUCUAGGAUCAGAUUAUCAACCCACAAAUCAUGACCUUGACUGGGACCAACGCCCUGUUGGGACAAUGAUCUAGGACCAGCUUAGUCACGCUGAAUCAUAACGUUGACUAUUGGCUAGAAAUGCAAUAGCAACGUCAUCCUACAACAAAGGUUUUAAUUAUGGAGGUGCUGGACACUCCCGUUUCUUUAACAAAUCUUUACACCCCAGAUACAGAUAUCAACGUUGACCUGACCGUGAGCACCCUCGUAAAACAGAAAAUAUCAACCAAGGUCCAAAUCACUAUUUAUAGUAACCUCUGACCUAGAGUGUUGAUGUAAACCCAAGUAGGAGGGGCCAUGGAACUGGAACCUUCAAAAGGGGGA